AUGGAUGAUGAUGAUCAAGAAUAUUACAGCAAGCCGUUACAUCUCUACAGUAUAUUGCAAAAGAAACAGCAUCAAUGGUCCACAAAUGUGUCUAAUUUUACAGAACAUACAUUUGAUAAGGAUCUGAAAUGCAGCUUUGGAUCAAAUAGCAGGAAAGGACAGCUCACUCCUGAUAUUCACAAAGAAAACAUAAGCCAGGCAAUUUUAUAA